AGUUGGACCGGUGUUUCUAUCAGUCUUCGUUGAGUAUUCGAGGCGACGGUUUGUCGGAGCUCAUGGUAGUGUCGUAGUGGUGUCGAACUUUUAACGUCGUCCUUUAGAAUUAUGACCUUGUGAUAAAUUACAAAAAAAGACUACAUUUCGCUUUGGAUUACUUACUUUACACCUAAACAAAAUGUGGGAUUCAAUUGAGAACAACUCCUGUGAUUCCUGCGAAUUUGCAAGGAAGGAAAUCUCGCAAGAUGACUUUUUUGUUAAGGAGACAAUCAGUCCAUCCAAAAAUGAAUUAUCGUUAUUUGAGGAAGCAACUCCUAUCACAUCUUACUGCGGAACGAAUUCUUCUCCUCACUUUCCCACAAGACGUUCAUUGGACGAUAUGGACGCCUCUUCGCAAGACUCUGGAUAUGACACCGUCUUCCAGGCUGAAAAUGGAAGAUUUCUUUCCUAUGCAUCCCCUACUAGAGAUCAUUCAUUCGGUUCUGGGUCAAUUUGUUCCAUGGAAGAAGACUUUUUGGAAGACUUUGCAGAAAUUGAAACCAUAGAAAAGCCAGCGAUAUUACCCAAAGAUUUUAAUAAACUCAUUAGUGAUCCACUAGUUAUGAGGGCUAAUCCUGAAGAGCACUCUUCGCCCAAAGACACCAUCAUAAGACCGUUAUUUCGUCGUGCCUUGUCUUUGCAAAACCCAACAACUUCUAAAAACAGCAAAGUACGGACAAGCCUAUUUGGUUCUGAUGAUGAAGAAAAUAAGGAAAAUCGAUCAUCGGUGAAAAGAGCUGAACCUCCUACAAGUAUUGAAAAUACUUUCAUUAAGAGAUCCAAAUUUCUUAUGGAGUAUUCUUUUCCUCAACAAAAAUCUACUGGAAUGAAAGGACUUUUCAACAGACAAUUUUCGGCAACCGAGGAAAGUAUUAUGUGUGCAGUUCAGAGAUCAUCAACUGAACCAGAUUUAAUCGGGGACUUUAGCAAAAGUUAUUGUCUUCCCUUGAUAAAUGGCAGACACCAAGAUCUCAAAGCCAUUACUGCAGAAACUUUAGCUAAACUAAUGAAAGGAGAGUUUAGCAACUCUGUAGAGUCUUUCAAAGUAAUUGACUGCCGUUAUCCAUAUGAAUUUAUCGGAGGCCAUAUUAAUGGUGCCCUAAACAUAUACACAAAGGAACAAAUCUCUGAAUUGCUGGAUAAAAGUACACUUCCAUCUUCUAUCUCAGGAAGAAGGCACAUUCUCGUUUUUCACUGUGAGUUUUCCAGUGAAAGAGGACCAAACUUAUAUCGUUACUUGCGUAAAGAAGAUCGCACAAAAAAUAUGAGCGAUUACCCUGCGCUCCAGUUUCCAGAAAUUUACCUUCUGGAAGGAGGCUACAAGAGCUUCUUUCAACAGUUUUCUGAAAUGUGCCUGCCAGUAGCUUACAAGGAAAUGUUACACCCCGAUCAUGAGGACGAUCUUCGUCAUUUUAGACAAAAAUCUAAGACGUGGAAUGCGGAUAGCCGCCCGCGACCAAUGCGAAGUCUGAAGAGAUUGUGAAUGUUUUAAUUUAUUUCACCUUAAUGAGUACAAAAUAUUUAAACCGUACGUACGUAUCAGUUCUUUUGCCGUUUGAAUUGGCUUUUUUUUUAAAUUUUCGAAUUGGUUUUUUUGGUUCGAAUUAGUUCUUUUAUUGUUCGAAUUAGUUCUUGUUUUGUUCUAUUAGUUCUUGUUGUUUUUACCAGCUUUUUCGACUGUUCUCAGUUUGACUCUGCUGACUGCUUUGGGUAAUUUGUUCUUUAACAUUACAUAAUGUAAUUUUCUGAUUAAAAAUAUUUUUAAACAUUAGAUUGAUACAAUUACAUUCACGUAAGUAAGUCCUAGUCUUGUUAAUUAAGAUUUAUUUUGUAUAUAAGAGUAUAUCCAAACAAAGUAGCUUUUUAUGCUCAGUCAUGGUAUAAUGAGGGGCCUUCUAUGCAAUGCUACCACCAAAGUUGUCGUUUGUUUUUCUUAUUUUAUUUAAUGGACGUAAUCGAACAAGGUUCACUUAUUUAUCAUGUUUUUAUUUGUUGAGUGCAAUUUUCCUAGCAAUACUUUUGUGAUUAUGCUUCCUCAACCAAAUCUUUUUAAUAGAGUGGCUCAACUCUUUCUGAUUUGUUUGAAAAGCAUUCUAUAUUUAUUUAAACUGUAUUUUAAUUUAAGCGUAAUUUCAGUAUUUUAGAAUAUUUUGUGUGUUCCGAGCAUAAAUCAAGAGACAAGGUAUACUAUAAUCAAACUUAGCUGAUUUGUGUAUUAAACAGACUGAAUUAUUAUAACACUUGUUCUGCUUGAUUUUUGUCUCUAUAUAUACAUAUUUGUGGGCUAGUUUACGAUAUAAUUAUAUCUGCUAAGAUAUUAAUUUAUGAAUAAACAGUCUUUAUUUGAUA